AUGCGUUUCCCCAUUGGAUUGCGACUGAAUGUUAAAAGUCUGGUGGUGAGCAACAUUCAAAUUGAACAAGAAAUACUGCGACCACUGCUUACUAACACUGUGCAACGUAUUCAUGUCUUGGUGGAAAGCGCUGGAGAUUUCGAAUGUGCAAUGCUGAAGGACGCAGAAAUCUUGAAAGUUCAUGACGGUGGUACUGGUUUUAUUCGUCCUCCGAUGAUUAUAAAUCUAACAAAUUUGAAAGCAAAUAUAGAUGUAGUGAAUUGGACAGUUGAAGAUUUCAUGAAAGUUGUCAGGAACUGGGUAGAAGUUGUCAAGAAAAAAGUCGGUACCUCUUACAAAUUCACUUUAAUCCUGGAGGAGAAUAUCACCCAACAUCUUAUUGAAAGUAUCAAUGAACAGUAUGGAGAAGCAAAGGAGAUUGGAGACCUAUCUAUGACCAUUCCGACAAAAUAUGGCUCUUCUAUCAAUGUGUCAAUCACCAUACUUGAUUAUUCUUACAAUGAAUACACAUAUGAAAUAAAGUUCACAGUGGUGCCGAAGGAGUUAGAUUUGCCGGUCUAA